AUGGUGGUGGUGCUGCCGACGCCGCUGCGCCUGACGCUCAGCAGUGCUGGAGCCCCGCCGCUGCGGAGGCGCGGGCACCGGGCAGGAGGACGCAGGCGAGAUGUUCCGCCAGACAGGAAGCAGGGAGGGCGGCCGGACGGCUCGGGACGCACCGCGACCGGGCUGCAGCGAAUCCAGACAGCAAAACCAUUAGUGGACACACGUGCCUCAACAUUAUAUAGCUACAAGCUGAAGUUGGAGGAAGAUCAACUUUCUGCCACUGAAAGAGACAACUGAUUGCUGCUGGAGAAGAUGUCCUCCAUCAUGACAACAAAGGGACAAAUUUACAACAAAAAUGACUACAAGGCCAAAAGGUAACAUCAGUUGCACUAUUUCUAUGCAGUUAUCAAGUUUCCUUCCCAGUGAUAAACAUAGCUAAGUAUAAACUGCUCUGUGAGGAUACAUUUAAAAGGCAGCCCAAGGUAUAAUCAACACUUCAGAAAGCCAUUUUCUUGUCCUGUCACAUGAAAUCUAAUGCCAGGUCAUUUUCCUCCUACACUGUUGAAGAGAAGAUGGCUUUAAAUUAGUUUUUCACUUUAAUAACUGAGAGAAUAAAAACAAAUAGAGGGGGGGAAACGUUGCCCUACUUUAGGAAAAAAAUUGAAGCAAACCUGUUAUGUCUCAGCAAAGCUGUUGGUCCUGCUAGGUGAGUCAUUGCUGCUGACUUUGCCAAUUGUUCCUACAGACACCAUCAGAAAAAGGGAGACCCAAAGCUGAGAGAUGAAAUAAAGUCAGAGCAAAAAUAAAAUUUAAAAAAAAAAAAGUGGAGCAGGAAGCAGGCAAAAGUGAAAAUCUAAUUUACUGCUCAAACAAGACCAAGCAAAAUGUGCCUUGAAGAUUUAUCACCGGAGAGAACCAUCUUAAAUAUUUUUGAUUAAGCAGGAAAUUCACCUCCCAAACAGAGUACAGCAAACCAGUCAACAACAGGGAUGGGUUUUCAAAGUGAAGUGUUUGUAUAGUUCAGGUGGUGGUUGUAAUCUCCUGUGACUCAUUUGCAGCCAGUCUACUUCUUGAUAGACUGACUAUUUACCCAGCCCUGAAGUGUCUCCAGAAAGCAAAUGCUGCUCAGCUGAAAUGACCCAGGUAGAACUCACUACACAUCACUGUCACAAAUAGCCUGACACUUGCACAGUUCCUUUACCUGAGGCAGAGUUGGUCAUGGCCACACCAUGCAAAUCCAUAUCAUAAACACUUACGGCUUGUCACUAGUGAAUAAUAUCCAGAUCUAUGCAGGCAUCAAAAAGAAUUACUUAAUUCCACUG